AUGGAGGACGAUAGCGGGCUUGAGCUUAGUUUGGGUUUAUCUUAUGGCGGUUCAUCAUCCAAACCCAAGAGCAAGAAUGGAAGCUCUUCGGAUACUAGGUCAGAAGAAGUUGGUAGAGGUGGCAAGAUGGUUGAUGAUUUUAAGAGCAUGUUUAGUACUGAUCCUCAGAAGCCGGAAUCAAUCACUAGUACCCGAAGGGCUGAUUCCUCGAAGCAUGAAGAGAAUUUCUUUAGUGACCUUUCAAAGGUCAAAGAAGAUAAUGCUUCUUUGAAUUUGAACGGGAGAGGGUUUCUUGUUGGAAGCAGCCAUAAUAAACCUAUUGAAAUUGACGAAAAUAAACGGGCUAGAGCUUCUCAUAUUUCUUUAACAGAAGAUGGCUCGACUGCAGAAAAUGAAGACGUGGCUGAUUCGGAAGCUGAGAACUCUACCUCCAGGCCUCCCUCACACCAUAGUGAUGGUUCCAAAGGAUUUGUUAGAGUUGGCGGUGCUUCUUCCGAUGCUCCAAAAGAUCUCCGUGGAGUCGCUGACUCAAGUGCCAAUGGGCAGAAGAGGUUUACCUCAUCCGCAGAAAAAGAUUUUAAACAUGCAAACAUGACUUAUGGUGCUUCCUUUUCUGCUCAACCAGUGAAUAUGAUGAAUGUACCUUACACUUCGGUAAAAGAUUCAAACUCUGUUGGAGCACCAAGUUCUCAAAUACCUGGAGUGAUGCAUAUGAUGCCGGCUGCAACAGCUGAACGUGCAGGAGGUCAAUCUGUCAGUAAUGGAAACUUGCCAAUGAUGUUUGGACAUCCGUAUGUUCAGCUUCCUAUGUUGGAUAAGGAUAGCUCAUGGGGACGUCCCCAACAGUUUCAUCCUUCCUUUGCUGGGAGAGGUCCAACUAACUCAGCUGCAUUACACCUAAACAAUAUAUCUGAGGGCAUGCCAUAUGAAGGAAGGCCACUAGAACGAGCCAAAAGUGACGGAAAACAGCGUGUCACCGAAGAAGGCUCCUUUUCACAACCUGAAGAUGUGAAAGGAAGCAGCACAAACCUCAGGGGCAAAGAUGCAUCAGAACAGUCGAAAGCAGAAGGUUCAAGCAUUGAUUUUUCUAACAUCAAGCCAGGGCUCGCUGCAGAUGUGAAAUUCGGAGGAUGCGGUGCGUACCCGAAUCUGCCUUGGGUAUCGACCACAAACUCAAACGGGAGAACAAUAUCAGGUGUUACUUACAGGUACAACACUGACAAAAUCAGAAUUGUUUGUGCAUGUCAUGGCUCUCACAUGACCCCUGAGGAUUUCGUUCGCCAUGCAAAUGACGACCAAGCAAACCCAGACGGCAAUGUGGUUUCGGGGACCAUACCAAAUGGUAAUCUUGGUUCCUCUUCUCACAGUUAG